CUGAGGUUAAAUAACAUCCACAUAUGAUAAUUCACUAUUACCUCGUCACAUGACUAGUUCAAAAUAAAGCGUGGUUAAAAUAUCAUUUGACAGAUGAUCCGGCACAAUCUACGGAAAAUAAAAUAUUUGGUGAUACGAAUAUUUAGAAAGUAUCUGGUAGAUUUUAUUUGAUGGCGAGGACUAUCUCCGGUAUCGUUGUGCAUUCAUGAUCAAGUCUAGAUUCAUGAAACACAAAAGUGACGUUGACUUGAUUAAAAGGAAAUUGGUUGGGGAAGAAAGGCGUGGAUUCUUCAGACACAAGGGAAUAAGAGAAGAAAGAAUGAGCGAUCAAAAUGACAAUGCAACCCUUCAGAGAGAGGAGCUUGAAGCAUUGAGUUCCAUUUAUGGGGACGACUUUACCCUGGAAGAUGACCAUCCUCCUACAUUCUCGGUGGUCAUUCGCCAACAAUCUUCUACGGCAUCUUUGGGCGAAAAAGAGGCGUCCCUCAUGGUUACCUUCGAAACCGAUUACCCCUGCAAAGCCCCGCCCAUUUUCCAACUAUCAAUUCCUUGGAUUAGAGGGGAUGACAAGAUGGCUAUCAUUGCUGAACUGGAGCAGAUAUAUUUGGACAACAUGGGAGAAAGUAUAGUUUACUUGUGGGUUGAAAGACUGCGAGAACUUGUUGACAAAGAUGUAAACACAGCUUCUGUCAAACCCGCUACCUCAUCAACAUCACUUUCUACACUGCCACUUUCAGGGGAGUUUGUACAGACAAGUUCAUCACAACCCGAGCUCAGUGAAGGUGCAAAUGCCGAUAAUACCGAAGAAAAAGCAAUUCAACUCCCAGGAGGGACGGUGAUGACGGAUGUGAACAUAUUGCGAAAGUUUGAAGCUCAAUGUCAAAGUUCGAGUGUGAGAAAGUUAACUAUUUCGACUGGAGAGCCUUUCACCGAUAGGAAGAGCACAUUCCAAGCUCAUCUUGCCCCAAUACAUGACCAGGCUCAAGUUAGGAUAGUUAUGGACGAGCUGUACGAGAACAAAAAGAUCGCCGCUGCAACUCAUAACAUGUACGCCUACCGACUUUGGAAUGAAGGGAGAAACUCUUUUCUUCAAGACUGUGAUGAUGAUGGCGAAACCCACGCUGGCUCAAGAUUACUUCAUCUACUUCAAAUUUUGGACUGUCGCAAUGUGAUUGUAGUAGUUAGUCGGUGGUUUGGAGGAAUCCAGCUGCAUGGCGACCGCUUUAAGCACAUUAACAACGUGGCCCGACAACUAUUGGAGCAACAGGGAUUCAUUCAUAUCAAAACGUCAAAAAAAUAAACAUCUGUCCACUUUCACGUCGUACUAAAGUUCUGAUAAAGCCGAUUUUCACAAGAAAUUUCUUGUACUAGUGCUUAAGCUCUUGGUAACUGAAUGGUGAGAUUUUGCAAAUAGGAAUCGUAUAUUAUUGUCAAUUGUAAUUAAUUUUGAGCGAAAUGUUUUCAUAAAAUUCUUGGUAAUAAAUCCCAUCUACAUUUAUAUUCA